GAGGUUUUUGAAGCUGCACUUCCUAUGCCAAAUCCAAAGCCCACACCUUGCAGUGAUAUGAAUGCCAGGAAGGAUUAUAUCACUGCUAAGUAUGUGGAGCACAGGUUUGUGAACAGAGAUAAAAGCAGCAGUCUUCAUGGGCUCAGAGAUGCUAUUCAGAGGCAUGACCUGAUGGCACUGCUUCAGUGCAUGGCGAAUGGGAUGGAUCUGAGCAAACCACUCAAUCAGGAUCUCUGCGAGUCUCCACUUCACCUAGCUGUUUCUCUGUGUGAGAGGAACUGCCUCCCGCUGGUGGAUUUCCUGAUCCAGAAUGGGGGAGCUCUGGAAAAAGUAACAGCAGAUGGACAGACAGCUCUGCACUAUGGGGUCAGAUAUAACAAACCAGAUUGUAUACGACUUCUCCUGAGAGCGAAGGCAUCUGCGAAUACUGUGAACAAUGCAGGAUUAACCCCUUUGAUGCUUGCUCAAAGCCUAAAGCAUUUUGAAUGUGAAGAACUGUUGGAAAAAGCUGGAGAAGGGAAUUUUAAUGCUGAACUGGAUUUUGAUUGGUUCCAUCAAGAGGAGGAAAUAAGCAAUAGUGAUGAAGAGGAUGCUGAAAAGCUGAGCCCAUUAUCAUUGUCCCAGAAUCCUUUGCUGUCCUCUUCGGUCAGGCAUUAUUCCAGGCAGAGCUCACUGGGAUUGGACAUCAGUAACAGGACUUAUGAGACUUUUGUUAUGCCUGCUAGAGUUCCAGCAACUCAGAGAUCCCAUAGUGUGGAGAAUCCACCGCCUUUACCUGCCAAAACCCACAGCCGCAAAGGUCAUGAAUUGACUUCCCCUCUAACUGGCAGUUUGGAGAGACCACUCAGUACUUCCUCCUACUCCCCAACCCGAGAGGACUGGGAGGGAGUUUCCGAUGCAGGAUUACAGCGAAGAUCAUCUGAACCUACUCGCUAUAAUGCUGAAAAUAGCCAUAGUCAUGGACAGUUUAGCACGGAUGGAGUAAAGUCCUACAGGAGGGUGAGAUGCUCCCAAAAUAUGGAAAGUUCAGCACAAGGUGGAAUUUCCAGAGGGAGAUUUUAUCGUGAUGAUAAUCAGCAACCUUCGUCAUCUCCACAGUGA